AUGGCCCGGUUCACACAACAUGCUAAGCCAAACAGUUGGCUACCUCGUGGUUCCAGCCGAGGAGGAGGCACAUUCCUCGGAGGAUUCAUCGUGAACAAAUUUAAGCUGCGCUGUUCGGGGAUUAUCAAGUUCUGUUUGUUUUGCACCAUGUCCAGCUUGCUGGCCAUUUUCAUCUUUUUCAUCGACUGCCCCAACAUGCCCAUGGCUGGAGUGACACAGAUGUAUGACAGAAGCAUCUUACCCGAAGGCCACCUCAACCUGUCCUCCCCUUGCAAUGUGGAGUGUGAUUGUCUGCGAGAGAUGUACAGCCCCGUGUGUGGAAAUGAUGGAAUCAUGUAUUACUCCCCCUGCCACGCAGGAUGCAAGAAGGUUUCAACCAGCCACGACAGCGGAAAAAAGGUUUACCACGAGUGCAGCUGUAUACUUGAUGCUCCCGCUGCAUCUGGCUUGGCGACUGCAGGAAAGUGUACCUCCUCAUGUGAGAGAAGGAACCUCCUCCUGCUUUUCAUGUUUGUGGUGAUCCUCUUCACAUUCCUGAGCAGCAUUCCUGCUCUGACGGCCACUUUACGGUGUGUUUCAGACAGGCAGCGAUCGUUUGCUCUGGGGAUCCAAUGGAUUGUAGUCCGGACACUUGGUGGUAUUCCAGGACCAAUUGCUUUUGGUUCGAUGAUUGACAGGUCGUGUCUCCUUUGGCAGAACCAGUGCGGUGAACAAGGAUCGUGCUAUGUCUACCAGAACUUUGCUAUGAGUCGAUACACCCUGGUCGCAGGUGUUAUAUACAAGGUGAUUGGAUCCUUCUUCUUCCUGCUUGCUUGCGCACUCUACAAACCACCUCCCCCUGAAUCUGUUCCGGGAAGCUCUGACGCCUCUGAAAAUGGCAACUGCGACGUCCAAGAGAACAAAUACCCACAUCAAUCUCAAGACGACAUAUAGCACGGAGGAUAUGACAAGUGACUUUCACACCAUUUCCAAGACACUGUGUCUAAAGAAUAUGUAUUCGUCUUUUCCUGUUAAAUGAUUGGUAUUAUUUUUCUUCAUUUCCCCCUCCUCCGGGGAAGAAUAAUUUAAUGGUAUAUAAUUUAGUAUUUUCUGAACAGCAAAAGCACACUGCAAAACUUGUGCACUGGCCUUGCCACCUUGAAGCCUAUCACCAGGGUUUGGGACCCUUUUUCCCAGUGUGGAAGAUGGAGGUGCCAGGAUUUUUGGAAAGGCCACAGCCAGUUUCAGAUGUCUCUCACAUGUGGCUGCUGCCAUUUUGGAAUGGAGCGCCGCCAUUUUGAAAUUUAUUUAUUUUUCUAAACCAAGAUGACAGCACCUGUGAGGCACUGGAAUGUGUUCUGCUUGGCUCGAGUGGGCAACAUUCACUUUACAAAGUGUCCCAGCCUUGCAUUUAGAGACCAACUUUAAGCGUAACCUCAGCAUGCCACAAUGUUUUGUGGCGUCAACCAACCUCACAGUGUUAAUUUAUGUCAAGAAGGGCUAAACAUAGCUUCAGACCAUUCCUGUAUAAAGCACUUAAAGAGGCAAGCAGAGUUCACCCCCAUGGGCCGUGUGUGGACGCUGGUACAAGCUCUUCUCUGGUGUAAAUGUAAUUUGGCUGGUUUGUCGCUGCUCCUCAGGCAGGAAGUUCUGUGGUAACGUUCUUGGUCCUCUUCCUUUUUGGGGGGUUUUCUGCUCAUCACUCGGGGGCUGCAACAUCACGGUGACUCACAGAUAUGCAUUGGCCUCCAUAGAUCAAAUACGACAGGCAGAAUUUCCAUAACACCACACCUCGAAACAUCAUUUCUAACGGAAGCCAUUCAUAUAUUUAGCCAUGAGUCACUAAGUGAGGAAGAUGCAUUUGUGGUGGAUCCGCCUUUUUUAUUUUAUUUUAUUUUUUACUGUGAACAGUCGUCUUACCAACACAGCUCCUGUCUAGGCUUCUCUCUUGCAGCUGUUUUGUCUGUCGUGUAUAUUUUGCUCUUGGUGCUCCAAGUGGUUUCCCAGGCACUGUAACCCUCCCCAGGAAGUUCCCCAUGGAAAGGAAGCUCUCUGAACUUGCUCUGUCUUAAAAGGAAGGCCUUAUACUUGCUAUCUACUGAUGCUAAAAACGCACCAUACAUUUAAAGCCCGUGACUUUCCCCAAAGCAUCCUGGGAGCAAUAGUUUUUUUUAAAAGGGUGCUGGGAGUUAUAGUUCUGAGAGUGGCAAACUACAGUUCCCAGGAUUCUUGGAGGAAACAAUGUGCUUUAAAUGUGUACACAGUGGUUGGAGUUGGCACCCCAUUCCCACCAGAAACUAUUUUACUGUUUCUGUACCCCUGUGAGUUCACUCCCCGGUGUGAGUGUGUGGCUCCAGAACCAAUUCUUUUUCCGGCCUGGACUGCGUGUACAGCUGUUUCUCGUGUGAGGAGAAGCACUGAGACAAAUUAUUUCCUCAUAUUCGUUUAUGCCUUUUGCCUCCUCUGGGAUUUAAGCUGUCUGGAAAGCAAGCCUUAUGAGGAACAGUUGAGGGAAUUGGGUAUGUUUAUCCUGGAAAAGGGGAGAGGAGACUGAGAGGAGAUGUGAUAGCCAUCUUCAAAUAUCUCAAGGGUGGUCACAUGGAGGAAGGAGCAAGCUUGUUCUUCCCUGAUCUGGAGGGUGGGACCUGAACCAGUUGCAAGCAAGGAGGUUUCAACUAUCAGGAAGAGCUUUAUGACAGUAAGAGCUGCUCAACAGUGGAACAGAUUCCCACAAGAGGUGGUAGAAUCUCCUUCCUUGGAGGUUUUUAAGCAGAGGUUGGGUGGUUGUCUUAUAUCAGCGAUGUCCAACAGGCCGAUCGCAAUCUACCGGUCGAUCGUGGAGCAUCCCUGGUCACUCCUGGUCGAUGGUGUGAUCCUGACCCCUCCCCCCAAAAAGAAGCUCAACAACUCUGGGUAGAUCACUGCCAGUUUUUUAUAGUGGAACUAGAUCGCAGUCUCUUGGAAGUUGGACAUCCCUGUCUUAUAUGAUUUAAUUGAGACUGCUGCAUUGUAAUGCAGCUACUGAGCCCCCUUUAAAUUCCUGCUGCCCUUCCCCCUCCCCUUUAACCCCGCCCCCAACUUUCCAUCCACACCAGGCCACUGGGUCUUGGAGGCACCAUUUUAAUUUCCCAUAAUGCCUUGAGACAUCGUGAAACAUUAAAAUGGUAUCUCCAAGACACUACUUAGUGCUGGUCAAAGGACUUCUGUUGACCACUGUCACUGCUAAGUAAGCCCACCAAGAGACCCCACGCAUAGCUGUCAACCUUUCCCCCUUUUUUAAGGGAAAUUCCCUCAUUCCGAAUAGGAUUCCUCACAAGAAAAAGCCCCACUGACAGAGGACAGGGCCAAUCAAAAGACAUUUCUCAGAGAGCCCCUUCCAACUAGGAGCUGACUUCAGCUCUUCAGCAUGUGUGAAGUAAGCACCCAUGAGAUCUCAUGAGUGUAUGAGAGAGAUCAGUUCAUGGUGAGGAGUUCUAUUUUCUGAUGAGUGUAAAGGAACUUCUUCUUUCUCCCUUCCUCACAAUAUUUAGUAAGGGAGCAUGACGAGACUUGUAUUUCACGGUGCCAAAGGCCACGGUCAAUUUCAAAACGAGGGGAAAUUGUGCCAAGCACAGUUUCAAUGGGGAUUCAAAACGGGGGGAGAAAAUGAAGGCAUGCUCCAUUCUUCUAGCUCGCCCCC